AUGCAAACCUGGCGAAGGCUCCCAGUCUUUGUUGCUGUUCUAUUAGCAACUCUGCAGGCAACAUUAUGCGAAACUGCGUCAGGUGACAUGGGUGGACUUUUACCUGAAGGAAGUAGGAAUUUGGAUGGACCGAUAGAUUUCACGAAUGCGGAGGAUGUAAUGGAGAAAUUGGGACCUGUGAUAACGAAUCCUGACGGCUCCAUGUCACGUAUCGGAAACUGGAAAGAAUUAACGAAACGUGAGCGGGCCACGUAUCUGAAAAAGCUGGCGAAAGGGAAGACAACGGCGAAGCUAAUGAAAUCGAAGGACGAAAUGUAA